UCACUCGAAACUCAAAGUAAUUAUUAAGAUAUCUGAGGAAAUUAUACAUAUGUAGGUAGUAAAUUUACGCAGAUGCACUACGUUAUUGUAUUCAUUGCAAUUUCCGUUUAUGCAAGUGUUUGUAGAAAUUGAAAUUUUUUUAUUUAGUGAACAAGCGUUUAAUUACAAAAAUGGCAGAUACUGCAAGUGCAACACCAGAAGAUACUUCAGUACACAUGGAGAAAGGCUGGUUUGCUUUGAAGCAACACAUCAUUGAUAAUAAGAUUAAAGUUGGAUUAUGGGUUACAAGACUUUUCACUCUUAUAUUUACUAUUGGUUAUAUCAUUCCAAUAUUUGGUAAUUCUUAUAAUAUUUAUUAUAAAGUAUUAAUGAGUAAUGCAGCAACUAGUGCAUUACGCCUGCACCAAAGAGUGCCACAUGUUCAAUUGAAUCGACAAUUUUUGGAACAUUUAUUUAUUGAAGAUUCCUGCCAUUAUUUAUUUUAUUCUUUAAUAUUCCUCUAUACUGCUCCUGUUACAUUGGUGUUAACUCCUAUAUUUUUAUUUGCAUUGAUGCAUUUUGCUAGUGGUUCUCUUAUAUUGCUUGAUUGUUUAGGACAAAAUAGUUGGUGGGGAGCACGCCUGUUAAUAUCUCUGGUGGAGUUUCAAUCACGAAAUAUUUUACGACUUUGUGCAUUAUCUGAGAUAAUUAUCUUACCUUUCACAGUUCUUCUUGUAUUUACGGGACGUGCUGGUUUAUUGACACCAUUUAUUUAUUUCCAAUUCUUAAAAUUCCGUCUCGCAUCACAAAGAAAUCCUUUCACCCGUAAUGUUUUCUAUGAAAUCAGAAAUGGACUAAGUUCAGUCUCAAGAAAACCAACAAUGCCAGUCAUAGUACGACGAAUAAUUGAAGGUCUAUUAUCACUUACACAACAAAUGGCUCCUGUGCGUCAGUAAUUUUUCAGUUGAAACAGGUGUAUUAUAUUAUAAAAACAAAUUUCCUAGGGUUCUAGGGUCCAUGUAAUAAUUUCACAUAACUGAAUGACAAAUUGAGUGCAAAUGUAAAAAACAACAAACUUAUGAUCUGUUAUUCAAAAUGAAUAUGAGAAAUACUAAAUAUUUAAAAAUUUUAA